AUGUACUUCCUUCUUAUACGCAGUGCCCACGCGCUUAGCGACUGGGACACACUGUCUGAAGAAGGGCUAGUGGCCUGGUCUUGGAGGUCGGCGGAUCUUAUGGUUUUUGGUUUGGUAGUUUUUGCAGGCUCAUCGUACACCCUGAUCUUUGCUGAUGACAGAGUAUUUCUCAAAAGAACAAUCGAGUCCUGGUUGAAUGGAGCCAAUAAUCUGCAGGCGGACGGAAGUGAUAUCAUCAUAAUGUUAUACUUACCAGUGGCAGUGGUAGAAUUUAUCCUCCAGGUGUUGUUACGAGGCGCUGCUAUAUUAACACUAGUGUCCCAUAUCUCGGACCCGACGGUUGACACCUCCAAUACCAUCAACUCCCUCGACCUCCACGAUUUUCUCCCCAGCUGCACCUCAUACAAGGCGACAUGUACCCCAAAGGUCACUUCAACGGCACCACACGGACCACCUGGCCUCCUUGUAUAUACCGUCGGAGUCUUGGCUACUGAAGAUCAAGAACAACGAGAACAGCAAGACAGAUUGCUGCUACCGCUCAGCUCGUCAAGCAAUUGCACGUGGACGUAGAAUAGAGGUACGAUGGGGAGUGGAAAGGUGAUGCGAUGGCCAGUAUCGUUACAAUGCAUAAUGUUGCGACGGAAGCCUGCGAACCCAAUCUGCUAGAUAUGUAACGACACCUUGCAUGUAACUUGCUUGCACUAAUAAAUAUUCACAUUGAGGGUU